GUCAGCCCUGGACCGGACACUGAUGAAAACAGAUAUGCUAAGUGCCUUCUGGGCUUAGCACCCACGUGUGGAGGACGGACAAAAAGGACUUGCAGACAGGAAGAUGCAGGAAGUCCAGGAUAGGUGAUAGAAGGAAUGAGCAUUGUUGUCCUCUCUGUGGGCAUUUGGUGAUCCACGAUUGGGCGUCCAGAAAGCGAGUGGAGAGGAGGAACCUGAAGCAGCAGAGCGCAGCGGCGAGAGCGGCUCAGGUUGAUUUAGAGCGCGGAUGACAGUGGCCUGGCGCGAGCCCGCGGCUGACGACAGCGCCGAUCCGCUCGGUCUCCAUGGAGACGGGCAGGAGCAGCGGCGGCAGCGGCGGCGGGGCUGUCAGCGCGCGCUGCUGCGAUCGCGCGCCCGCGGGGGUCUGCAGGAGGAAGGAGGAGGCCGGUGCUGGGACCCUCGCGGCAGACAUGGACUUGCAUUGUGAUGGUGCCGCGGAAACGCCGGCCGCCGAGCCGCCGCCGUCGGGGAAGAUUAAUAAAGCUGCUUUCAAAUUAUUCAAGAAGAGGAAAUCGGGUGGCACCAUGCCCAGCAUUUUUGGGGUCAAAAACAAAGGGGAUGGGAAAAGCUCGGCUCCGACGACGGGGAUGGCGAGGAGCAGGACCCACGACGGGCUGGCCGAGGUGGUGGUGCUGGAGGGCGGCAGGAAGGAGGAGCCGCGCGGGGCGGGAGAGGGCGGCGGGGCUCGGCCGAACCCCGGGCCCCCCAGAGCCGCCGCGCCCGGCCUGGGCUCGCUGGCCCCCGGCUCCGUGGCCAAGUCCCACAGCUUCUUCUCCCUGCUGAAAAAGAACGGGAGGCCGGACCCCGGCAAGGGGGACCCAGCGGACGCGAGCAAGGCUGGCGGCAAACAAAAGAGGGGGCUGAAAGGCAUCUUCAGCAGCCUGCGCUGGCACAAGAAGGACAAGCGCGGCGGCGCCGGCGGGGGCGAGGGGCCGAGGCCGGCGCGCGCGGCCGCUCCGGGGAUCCUGGUCCUGCCCGGCUCGCUCGCCGCCAGCCUGGAGUGCGUCAAGGAGGAGCCGCCCCGCGCCCAGGACGCCCCGCGACACCCAGCAGGUGAGCUCGGAGGGGGACGGCAGGCGCCCGCUGCCGCCGAUCGUGCCCCGGAGGGCGAGGCCCCGAGCCCCGGGGACGCCCACGACAGCAGCCCGCGGUCAGAGGACGCGGCGGGGCACUGGGAGCCGGGAGCUGGCGAGGCGCACGCGGUGGUGGCCGAGGACGCUUCCAGGACAGGUGACGUGGCGCGAAAGACCGUCCCCCUGGUCGACUCCGAGGGAGGCAGCGGCCGGGCGUCCGCCGUCCCCGACCCUUCCUCUGUCGAUCCACCCUCAGACCCAUCGGCCGAUCGUAUUUGUUUGAUGUUUUCUGACGUGACUUCACUGAAAAGCUUUGACUCUCUUACAGGCUGCGGAGAUAUUAUUGCAGACCCCGAGGAAGAGGCAGGUCCCAGCUGUGACAAGCAGGCCCCCGGGCCAGGCAAGCCAGUCCUGUCUAAAAAGACCCCCGGAGGCGUGGUGGCUUACCAAGGAGGAGGGGAGGAGAUGGCCAGCCCGGACGGGGUGGACGACACCUAUCUCCAGGAAUUCUGGGACAUGUUGUCCCAGACCGAGGACCACGGGCAAGGACCCCCAGAGGCGGCAGCAAAGGCGGCCAUGGCCCCGGAAGCCAAGGUGGUGCCAGAGACCUCCAAAGAUGCCCGGUGCGCGGAGGCGGCCAAGGACGCGUCCUCAGUCAAGCGCCGGAGGCUCAACUGGGUCCCCACCGAGCUGCAACCGAAGGAGGAGCACAAGCACUCGGAGAAGGAGCCGCAAGAAGGCGUCCCCAACAGUGAUGAGGGCUACUGGGACUCCACGCCUGGCCCAGAGGACGACAGCGGGAAGAAGGCGGGCAUCCCCCGGGACAGCGACAGCGGCGACGCGCUCUACGACCUCUACGCGGACCCCGACGCUAGCCCUGCCGUCCCUCCUGCCAGCGAGGAGACGGCCUGCUCGUCCCGACUGAAGCCAGUAUCUCCAGGCACCAUCACCUGCCCACUGCGAACACCAGGAAGUUUACUGAAGGACUCGAAGAUCCCCAUUAGCAUCAAGCAUCUCUCCAACCUCCCAGCCAGCCACCCCAUUGUGCAUCAGCAACCAGCCAAGAGUGAGUUGCGCAGAACAAAAAUCCCAGUCUCCAAGGUGCUGGUCCGCAGGGUCAGUAACCGGGGCUUGGCUGGGACCACCCUCCGGGCAGCAGCGUUGCAUGACAGUACCAAAAAGUUGUGAGGUCCCUAGGCCAAGGUGGAUGGGUGGCAUCUCCAGGAAUACAGCUUUUCCUGGAAACCACUAAGGGAAGUUUGCUUCCCCUAAAGAAAGUGAUUUAGGACCUUCCCUGCUCCUGAGCAUGGGCCACGGAGUCCUUGGGCUGGGAACAGGGGCAGGAUACACCAGAGAGGGGGAUGCUCUACCUGGAAUUCUCCUCUCAAGAUAAGUUCCUGAGAAUUAUUUUUGAGCACUUUUUUUUCUCUUUUUAUCUUUUUAAAAAUCUUUUUUCUUUCUUUUUUCUUUAACGCACUGAACACUCAGAAGUCACCUUCACUUGCCUUUGCAGAAAACAAGACAACCAAACCUAAGUAAGAGUCAUGCCAGGGUACUUGGCUGUGCUAGAGUCAGAGGGCCUGGAGGGAUCACUGCAGACUGGAGGAGGGACCCUUCCCUUCCUUCCUUUCUUUCCUUUUUCUUUCCAGGAAAAAAAGAGACGGUUUGUUGUAUCACUGUGUGGAAAUCACCUACAAAGCUGAAAGAGGCAGGUAACAACCCAAUAAGGGCAUCGUGGGUCGGCAGAAAAGUUCCCUAAUUUCAGUUGCCAGGUAUGCAAAUAGGUAAAGAUUUACCCCUAGGAAAAUGAGGGAGGAUUUUAGUUUCACUAUUUGAGAUCCUUUGGGCAGAAAUAAAAAGCCUGCAGAAUAGGUUUUCUGUUUUCUGUUUUUUGUUUUUGUUUUUGAAUCCCCUACCCCCACCUAGUGCAGAAAUCAGGAUCAGGGAAUGAUUUCACUAAAUGCCAAUAGAUACAAUAUUUUAGCAUUUAUAAACUGUAACCUUCUCAUGUGUAGAUAAUACAUAUUUUACAGUUUAUCCCACUGUUAACAUUUUAUACUCUGUCAAUAACCUAGAAUUUAAAAUCUGGUCUUAUAGCUAGAUAUGACCAUCCCCAAACCAUCAAGAUUCAUUUAUAUACUGUAACCUGAAGCAAUGCUGGUUUUGGUUUUGGUUUAUAUGAAGUCCCUAGUUCUUUAAAAAAAAAAAGUCUAUUGUGUGGCUGUCCCAGAAGAAUGCUUUUGCCUUGUUUUGGAUAAGAGUCUGUCUCUCACCCCAAACCCUAGUUUUCAGAAUCUUGGUUAUAAGAUUUUGAAUCCAACACUUCUUCAGUGGUCCAAUAUGAGGAGCACAUAGUGAAAAACAAUAGAAAAAUACAGUUUUUCCUGUCAUUUGAAUUUUGCUUCAUGGACUUAUGGGUGAGACGUGUGUUCAGAAUACAUUGACAAGCUUAUGUAUCAUGAAUGCACCAUGCUAAGGAUUUUUAAAGAAAUGGUUUCAAUUAUAUGUAUCUUUCUAAUAUUUCAGCUGAAACUUUCAUUUCAGAAAGGGUUAUUACAUGUCUUGCUAGUUUGAAUGCCUAAAGUGAAGCAGUUCCUCGAAUGCUAUUAAUCUCUAAUGAUUAAAUUAAUAUCCUUUUUGAAAUGCACUCUAGUGUAUCUGAUCAAAAGGCCAGAGCUCCUACGUGGAGGUAAUUUGUCAUAGUAGGAAGAUUACACAUAUUCCAGUGAUACCAAACAUAUACAAAUGACAUAAACACUUGGGUGUCUCUCGUUUUCAGAGAGAUUACUAAAUAAUGAACUGUUGUUUUGUUUUUAAGCUUAUUUUCUGUUUUGUAAAGGAAAGAAGGCAAGUUAAAUAUAUGAAAACCUAUUUUAAAAAUAUAAAGGAAAUAACAAAAUAAAUGGGUAUCAAAGGAAAACAAAUUUGAGCCAGUAACAUAAAGCAGGUUGUUCCUCCUUUUAAGUUUGCAAUGAUUCAAUUAGAACAGGAGGUAUAGGUUUGCUGAAUUUCUUUAGGAGUCAAUUUAAUGGUUUUUUAUUACAUUGUCUCAGUUCUUUAAUGUUAUUUCAAAGUAACAUUUUAAUAGUUAAUUUCCUGUCUAUACAGGAGGCCCUACUGCAGACAUAGCCUUAAGCAUUCUGAACACACUACUAGAAAUUCAUUCAAGCAUCUCAUACGUGCUCAUGUUCUCAAUUGAGUACAAACUAAUAAAAACCAUCUACAAUUGUUUAAAUUUAGAAAUAUUUUGAAAAUUGUUUCUGCCUUUGACAAAGGACUUUACAUUUGAUUUAAUGCUGAUUGUACAAUUCAGACUCAAACUACAGCAAAUUAGAGAGAACAUAAAUUUUAUUUCUAGCUGUAAAACAAAGGAUUCUUCUUGUGUAUUUUCCUGCAUGGAUUACAUUCUUCAUUGCAUGACUCCAUUGCUGAGUUUUAUUUGUUCAUUUGUUCAACUGUGCAGCAAAGUGAAGAAUACCUGAACAACUGAUGAUAAUAUUAUCUUAGUAAAGGCAAUAUAUUUCUAAAGCACUAGGAGAAAUUAUUUUUGAUUUCAGAAUUUGGGGACUUCUUUCUGCAUUUAUACUACUUCACGGUCUUCUCUUUGCAAGUAAGGAAAAAUAUUAGCACAGUUUAAUGUCUCCUGUCAAUUAAUUCCUUGUGAAAGAUUUAGAACUUGUUUUAUUUCUUUUUUCUAUGUUUUAAUGACUCCCUAUGUCUCUAAGAAUUGCACCCAUGCCAGUCAAAUGAAGGAUUCAGGCAGUACUUUAAAUGGCCUCCUCCCUUAGUGGGAACUCACUGCAGUGGUGGGAGGUGUGAUGGGUGGUCAACUUUUUCUAACCAGAGAAAAAGGUUGUAGUUGCUUUCGUCUUCUAAGAGCUACUUUGUCUUAUUUGUGCUUAUGGAGAUGGCUUUCUAGAAUUUUUUUGGAUGUACAUGCCUAUUUUUAUUAAUGCAUCCUCUAAUAACCUUAGGAGGAUCAUAUAGGCCUAUAUUUGCUGAUGGUUUAAGGGAAGGGUUACAUAUGGGCACAUACCACAUUUCCUGAUAUGUACGAGCCUGAAAUACUUGGUGGAUUAAUGCCCUUUGGUUAAAGAACUGCUCAAAUCAGAGGGGGAAAAGCCAAGUCAGUUGUUGGAUGGGAAGUUAUUAGUUUACUACUUCUCCACAAAGACAGCCUGACUUUAAUAUCUGCAUUGCAUACAAUACUACUUGAAACAUCUGCUCUAGUUCUGAUGACGGUUGCUGCUUUUAUUCUUCUAUUAGCACCAAGUGGGAGAAAUUUUAUUAUAACAUUUUAAAUAAUCAUGAGAGGAAAUAAACUUUUGUCAUCUCACUUAAUAAAAACAAUGGAAUAUUGAUCAUUAAGGACCUUCUUUAGCUACAUUUUCCACAAAUUAUCUGCCUAUUUAAAUACGAAGUGUUUAAUCUAUGAAAGUAAUGACUUGCCAGAUUUAAAGGCUUCAUCCAUUCAUCUCAAUAGUUGUCAGAUAUCUAAGUAAAUGUGAAGAUAGCCCUUUGCUGACACAAUUAUCAAGGAAAAAAGACUAGAGCCGGUGUUAAGGUUUCUUUGAAUGGUGUAAAAGAUUUUAUUAUUUACAUCAUCAUCAUCAGGUUAAAUUUUAAGGCCACUGUUUACUGUGAGCUUUGUGUAGAGAUUGACUCCUGCAAUUUUUUGCCAUUUUAUUUUCACCAUAGUUGUGUGGUGCCCUCAGACAGCAGGAAUGGGACACUUGACAUGGAGUUAGCAUGUUUGGACCACAGUAGCAUGUUGGAAUGCAUCCCUUGCUUGUUAGUCACUCUGAAGUUCUCUCUUGACGUAUGAAUACAAGGACUUGUCUUUGCCAUGCUUGGUUUCUGCUGAGACAUGUCCUAGGGCACCCACAUUGACUCUGCUUCCCUUUCUACUGUUAAGAAAUUCAAGAAUUUUAAACUAUUGGACUGAGGAUGUAGCUCAGUGGUAGCGUGCUUGCCUAGUGUUUGUGACACCCUGGGUUCAAUCCCCAGCACUGAAAAAAAAAACUACUAAGAAAAAAAGCAUCUCCAUUGCCUUUGCUUUUCACCAAGAUGGCCAGUUAAAGAAUCAAGAUGGAAGAAGAAAAACUCAAAUGCUUCCGUUAACCCCCUUCCCUCCUCUAGGAAGACCAAGGAAUGAAUGUCUUACUCAACCUUAGAAAUUUUUGAUUCUUUACACAAAAAUAUUUAUAAAACAGUUUGGGAUGAAAGGGCUAGUAGGGCAGGCCUGUAUCUUAGGCAACCAAGAUGGGAAGGCAAAAGUCAUACACUGACUUCAUAAAAAGAAGGAGACUGCCACUGUCAGCAUAGUAAGUCGUGUGGCUCCUCCCCAGACACGGUCAUUGAUUUUGCACCCUUGUCUUGCUCUGAAGGCUUUGUGAUGGCUGUCACGAAUGGCUUCUCAGAAGCCUUACCACUGUGAUAAUGGCUUAAAGGAGACAGUUUGUUUCAACAAUAGCCACUUAUAAGGAACCUGACUAUCUCCCUGCAGAUAAUGUUUUCAGAGGGUGAUUCAGAAGACCAGUUUCAUUAUUAUAGAAAAGAGGUCCUCCUUGAGCUGAAAAUAGAAAGAUUAAAAUAGCUAUGAAGCCUCCAGUGCUGAAAUGUUUUUGACUGAUGUUUACUUGAAUUCAGUGCAACACAUAUUUAUGGGACAUAUGCUGUAUCUAAUACUUAAUAAAAACCCAUUCAGCGUGGGGCUCACAUAUAGCUAUGCUGUAACUGGAUUUUCUCAAUAUUCAUUAAAAUCAUUUUUAUUUUACCUAUGUUAACUUUUUUUUGGUAUUUGUUGCUUAUAGUUUGUGGAGUGAAACAGAGGGGGUGAAUGAAGCUACAUCAAUUCCUCUACAGAUAAUAAUUUAACAACAAUUAAGUUUGUUGAAUGCUAACUAUGCGUUGGGCACUGCUAGAAGAUCUACUGGUAUUUAUUCAGUACUCUUACCAGCCAUAGGGAGGUGCGACAUUAUUUCCCCAGUGUGAUAUAUUUAAUUCAUCCUUUGUGUUUCUUUUCUCAAACCUCCUCCUAUCUCACCUCUCUGUCAUCUCUGACUCUCUGUGUCUCAUUCUUUUCUUAGUCUCUGGGAAAAGACUAUAAAUUCUCUACCAUCAUAUGGUAAGUUAACAGCUCAGAGAUGCUGCAGUCAUUAGCAGUUUGCUGUCUAUACGAAAAGCUAACCCAUGUCCAUGUAGCUGAAAUUAGUUUGAUGCAUAAGAGGAUGGUGCUCACAGACACUCACAGGGAAACUGCUGCCCUUCUAGAGUCAGUAGACUGACAGUUGACCAACUUCUUUUGGGAAGAGCUCCUCCUUCUAUAGUCCUCUUUUGGGGGAUUAACAUGGAAAGUACCGACAGAAAUCUCUUCUGUUGUCAUGGUGAUACAUCUUCCCUGACAGGACUUCAGUCAUUCCAAGCUCACUUAACUUGUUUUCCGACCUUAAGCCCAGUCUAUGCUUAUCCUUGGGUGUUCCAUGCCUGUUGUUGAUUCAUUUGUUUUUGUUUUUUAAAUAAUAGUAAGACUAUUUAGUAUGAAAUCUACACUCUUGAUGGGUUUUUAAGUGUACAACAGUGUUGUUAGCUGCAGAUGCACUGUUGUACUGCAGAUGUCUAGAAUUUAUUCAUCUUGGCAUAAUUAAAACUUUACCCCCAUUCAUCAGCAACUCCCCAUUCCCCCUCCCUCAGCCCCUGAAAACCACCUCUCUAUGCCUCAAUGAACCAUGCAGUAUUUGUCCUUGUGUGGCUGGCUCAUUCCACUGAACUUAAUGUCCUCCAGGCUCAUCCAUGUGGUUGUAUACUGCAGGACUGACUUCUUUUUAAAGACUGAGUAGUAUUCCAUUGUAGGCCACAUUUCUUCAAUCCAUCACUCUGUGGGCAGACAUAUAGAUUGUCUCUGUAUGUUGGCUAUUGUGAAUAAUGAUACAGUGAACAAGGGAGGGGAAAUAUCUCUUCAAGUUCUUGACUUCAAUUCCAUUGGAUAAAUGACCAGAAGUGGGACCACUGGACAGUUUUAUUUUUAAUAUAUUUAGGAUGCUGAGUCCUGAUUUCUACAGCAGCUACACCAUUUUACAUUCCCACCAACAGUAUACAAGGGCUCCAAUUUCUCCACACCUUCACCAACAUCUGUUACCUGUGUUGUUUGCUUAUAUGGCAGCCAGUUGGAUUUUCCUUUGCCUUAAGAUAAUUCUGAACUCUAAAAAUAAGCACUUCUUUCUUUGAGAAGUGGUGCAUACUAUAUUCCAUCUAUGGCUAUUGAAUCCUGGCCUUUGUUUUCUGAUUCAGUCAUUAAUUCAACUAACAAUUACUGAACACAUUCUUGAUCAGCCACCAUGAAUGUGAGUAUUUUAUAUUUGAUUCUAAUAAUUAGAAUAAGCUCUGUGUUUACUGCAGUAGCAGGGAUGAUGUUUUGUGCUUUAUUUUAUACUGUUAUCUUUAUUGUUCAUAAGAACCAUGUGAGCUAUCUAUUGGCUCCAUCUUCAGAGGAAGAAAAUGAUACUUAGGAAGGUUAAACAUUAUCUCGGCCAAAGCUAUCAAUUUAGUAAGUAACUGGGCAGAAACCAGAAAUCUCACUGUAUAGCUCAUGCUGUACUGCUGUGAUGAUAAAUCUGCUUUAGCCAUAAAGUUUAAUUUUUGAAUUACUUGUUUUAAGUAAGAAACUGAUCAAAGUUCUGGACAGCAAGAGUCAAACUAGAUUUUUAUGUUGUUGGACACUAUGAAAAUUAUGAUAACUUUAGUUAAAAGUGAACUUUUUUUUUAAAAAAAGAAGUACUUUAUGACCUUUAAAUAAUCUAACUUACUUACAAGUCUAAAGGUAGAUCUUGGAGUCUAGCAGGAUUUUUUUUCUCACUUAGGCCUGUCAAAAUUUUGAGCCUCAUUCAUAAAUUAUUUUAGACCUACACACUACCUGGUCUGUAUAGAGAUUUCACAAUCUAAUAACUGUUUUGUCAGUAAUAUAACCAGUAAUGUAAUUUUGAUGGUGGAUUCAAUAGAUUGCAACUUGUGCUUUUCUGACUCUAUUAAGAUGCCUCAGUAUUUAAAGAAAAUCAUUUUGAAUUUGCAUUGCUGUCACAACUAAUGAGAUUAUUUUGUUGACAUAUAGGCUACCUACACUUGGUCAAAUUUUUUUCUGAAUUUUAGAUCUAAUUUUAAUGAGAAUCAGCAGAGUAAUUCAAUAGCAGUGUUUAUUUUAUUGAAUUGUAAACUGGGGUGAUUUUCAGAAACCAUUCAAUAAUUAAAUAGAGCAACUUUCUGUUCUAUGUGAGAAGUUACAUUUCUAAUAACAUGUAGCAUUGGUUCCUAUCAUUUGAGAUCCAUUAAACUUUCUCAGGCACUUUCAGACCUGGAUCACUUAAUAAACUAAAGAAAAAAUAGUAAAAAUAGCUGGUCCAAUGGCAUAGGGACAUAGAUUAGAUACACAACAAAUAUUUGUUAACAUGUCAUUGAAAUGGUCUCAGGUAGCCUGAAGGAAUUAGCAAAACUUCUCAAAUAUCUUCGUGAUAACCAUAUAUUCCUCCACAACACAUUUAUUUCUAAACAAAGAAGGAGAAACUCUAACAAACAACUAUCUAACACUUCAUUGCUUCCAAGAUAAAUGUAACUGAACAUAAAGGAUCUAAUAGUGGUAGAUUUAUCAAGAAUAUCAGGGAUGGUCUUGGAAUUAUAGGCAAAGUAAAUUCCUGUCCGUUUCACUUGUCACCAGCUACCCGUCAGGCUCAUUGUGAACUUCAGGUUUUGCCCAAGUUAUUUAUAUGAAGUAUCUCUGUGUAAUAUAAGGGAUUGCAGGUUAUUUGAAAAUAGCAACAAAGACAACCCAAAUGAAAAAUUCCAUUUCUAUAAUUAGUUUUCCUGAAAGUCAGGCAUGUCAUUGAGGACAAGCUUUUGGCUUAUUAUUUUUGUGCACAGGAGGAAAAUUGUUAGUAGGUUUAUAGAUAUUAUUUUUGUAAUAGAAUGUUAAACCCCUGAAAAACAUCAAAAAUUGUCUCCUAGAAUUAAUUCUAUGUUUUCAAAACUUGUUUCCAAAAGGAUUCUAAAUAGCAAUAGGAUCUUUUCUCCUUUCUCCACUCCAAUGGUUUAAUGGGAUAGAUGAAUCAAUGUUUAUAUUUUUAAACUGUAAAUAUUUUAUUUUGGGUAUUUUGUAUAUUUGUUGAUAUAAUUCCAUUUUGUGCAUAUGUAUCAUUGUGCAUGUUACUGUUUUUGAUAGCCACUCUUUUAUUGAAUGUAAGAAGCUUGGGCUAAUAGCACUUUUCUUGUUUCAUUUGACCAUCUUAACAUGAAUAUACAAUGCUGCCAUUUUAACUGUUGUGUUUAAUCCAGCCAAUAAAUUUUGUUGCUCCUUUGCAUUUAAAGUGAA